AUGGGUCUCUUUCUCUCAAGAAAUAUUGCAGAUUUUGUUUUCUCUUCUCUGUUCUCCAAGAAAAAUGGUGGGAAUUUCAUUCCCAUGCAAAUUCAGGACGUGGUUUCCUUGGUGUCCCGGACGGGAAGGCAUAUGCAGCGCUAUGAUAAAGGUUGUCGCCAAGUUGUAGGAUGCGUACCGUACAGAUUUAGGAAAACCGAACAAUCUUCAUCUCUUGAGGAGUUAGAAGUUCUUGUGAUUAGUUCACAGAAGGGUCAAGGAAUGUUGUUCCCAAAGGGAGGUUGGGAAAUUGAUGAGUCUAUCGAGGACGCGGCUAAAAGAGAGACGCUAGAGGAAGCCGGUGUGAUUGGCCAUCUUGGAAGUAGAUUGGGUAUGUGGCGUUAUAAGAGCAAAAGCCAUGGCACAGUUCAUGAGGGGUACAUGUUCCCUUUACUCGUCCAGCAGCAACUGGACUUAUGGCCCGAGCAAAGUGCCAGAAAACGACAAUGGAUGUCUGUUGCCGAAGCUAGAGAAGCAUGUCAAAAUUGGUGGAUGAGGGAAGCUUUGGAGAAGUUAGUUUGUCUCCAACAGGCAGGAGAAGAAACAAAAUGCACGUAG